CGAUGUGCAGUCGCGAGGCAUGUGUCAUGUGUAAGACUGUUGGAUAAGUCUGGUUAAUGGAUUUGCCACUGAUCUCUUGAGAUGCGCUGCUGAUGUUCUUACCACUCGCGGCGCCCGUACAGAAUCCAUCCGACGUUUCACCUUUCAUGGUGCGGUAUUUCAAAGAGGUGGAAUUGUAGGAUGGGGUUGUUGCAUGAAUGAGAGUGAGUUGGGUAGGCAAAAAUGUGCAGUUGAAGGAGUUGGGAAUCGGCCUGCGCCUGCGACUGCGCCGACGCCGGCUGCUGCGAUGACUGACGGCCUCGCUAAUUUGGCCAGUUUGGGCCAAGCACCGUAAGACGCUCCUCGAAGCAAGCAAUGGGAUCGCCGUCGACUUCUCACACUACACACUACAUAUCAGUACACCUAGCCUUUAUCUCUUGACGUUGUCAGCGGCAGUGGAAACUCUUGUGUUGCAAAGACAUUCGUCUGUUCGACCAUGGCUCAGGCCAUCAGUGCCGCAAGAACGCGCAAGCGACCCAGGGCGCUACAAGCUUGUCAAUUUUGCCGCGCCCGUAAGAACAGGUGUAACGAGGAGAUGCCGUGCUCCUUCUGUGUUGGUCAGCCACCCAGCACUCAUGCCACGAACCCCGCUGAUAGCCUUGGAAGCACACGAUGUGGAAUGUGUCUAUUCCAGACCGCUGCCAUCCCAAGAAGCGAAGUGCGCCUCCUGUCGUCCUAGAUCUGCCACUUGAACAUCAAGCUUACGUCAAGAGUACUCAGGACGGUCGAGACUUUGGAAAGGAGAAUACAGGAGCUGACUCUCAGAUUGAAACAAGCCGAAGAGGCUCUUUCUCACUCGAAGCAGGACGAUCAUCCGGCCCAGCCACGGGGUCUUGUGCGUGACUCCAUACCAUUUCCGGGAGCCUCGCAACCUCAUGGCAGUCUCGCCUCAAAGAACAGCAGGCCCAUCAAUCCAGCUACCGUCGCUCUAGCAGCCAAUGAGACCAGGAGCCAUUUGGCACCUCUGCGGAGCAUGGAGGAGCAGGAAGGCUCUCCCACACCAGACGCCGCGGACCUUAAUGUGCAUACACAGGGCUGGGAGUAUUACGGCCCGUCUUCACCAAUUGCCUUCCUUCGCAAGAUUCCCGGCCUGUCAGAGGAACGAUCUGAAUACUAUGCUGAACAAACUUCGAGAUCUUUUUUCGCCUCGCUUCUUCACAACAGCACGUUUCCGCUUACACCGGCACAAGGAGCUCUAACCCACACGGACUCGGAAACCUUUGUUCGCGAGAGACUUUAUUUUCGAGUAUCCAGGAAGUUCAUAGAUGCCUAUUUUGAUAACCUCCAUCACAUACAACCCGCCCUCGACCAAGAGAGAUUCAUGACUCGUUGUGAGGAGUUGUGGUUCGGGGCCCAAGUCACUUACCCAUCCACAUUCAUUGCUCUGUAUUAUAGCGUUCUUUCCCUUGGGGCACUCCUUGCAUAUCCAAAAUCCGGCAAAUUCCAUGGCUUGGAGCAUUUCGAAUGGAGCCGGAUAUUGUUCAGAGAGGCAUGUGAGGCUGUAUUGCGUCUUGGGCAUUAUACGAACUUGGACAUGGUUCAGUGCUAUUACAUGAUGGCCAAAAUUGCCCAGCACGAGCUUAACCCUCAUAUCACGUACUUGUACACUGGUCAAGCUAUUCGAAUAGCUCUGAGCAUCGGGCUGAACCGCGAGUCCCCAGCUUCACGCAGUGCUAUUGAAAGUUGCUCGACGGAAUCAAGCCAAACUUGGUGGUCCCUUUACUGUCUAGAUGUCCAGACUAGCUUUGCGUUGGGUCGACCCGAUGGCUUAGGACCAGAUGCAUUUCAUACUUGUUACAUUCCUGGUUCGUCGAGUAGUACUCCACAAGAUGCCGGAAACAAUGAGGACGCAAGUAUCCAAAUACUCCCGGCAAUGGUAUCGUUCUCACGAGUUAUGCGACGUGUCGGCUCCGAACUUUACGCAACUCAAUAUUCAUUGGUUGCUCGACUGAAAAAGGUCGUCGACCUUGCGCAUGAUCUUGAACAGUGGCUAGCAGAGCUGCCGUCACGAUAUCAAGAGUCUGGUGAUGGUGUUACUCGGGCGUUAAAGUCGACCUUGUCGGUGAGCUGCGAGGAAAAGCAAAGGAUCGUCGUUUGGCUCCGAUAUCACAACCUUCGUAUGGUGAUACAUAGUUCAGUUAUCGGCACUGUCCCGGAGAAGGAUCUCAGAGGCAACGUGCAAGAGCAUUGGGAACUGUGCAUAAAUUCGGCAAUGAGGACCAUUCAAAUCAUCCACGAAACCUUUCUCAAGUACAACUUCUUCCAGACAUGGUCUUACAAUUCGACAUAUAUCCUCUUCGCAGUAACAAUCCUCUUCAUUGGAGUAUUUCACCCUCUUUGUUGCGUCGAUUCGGACCUGAUCCUCGACCACGUCAAUCAGGCAAUUGUUGUUCUCGACGCCGUAGAAGAAACAGUUGUCACGCGAAAAGCCAUUGCCAUCAUCACGGAAACCCUCGCACGAGCAAAAGACCACUGCCGCCAUGCUGCAACCCUGAAAUCUGCGAACGCUACGCUCACAACAUCACCAGCAACAUUGAGCGAUCCGUCCCACAGUAUAGUCCUUAACUUGGCCAAUGGCGCAGGCUCUUCUUCGACUGCACCUUCAGAUCCUCUCUUCAACCAAGGUCUGCAGUCACUUGGAGUGAAUGGUCUCAAUUUCGUGCCUGGAGGUUAUGACUUUGAGACUUCAUCUUUUUGGGCUGAGUGGGCACAAAGUCUAGGGGGCGUGACUGACAUGAACUAUGGCUACCCAUGACACCGAUCACGCCACGGGGGCUGCUUCGCGUGAUUGGUGACCUACUUCAUGCUCCAAGAUCGAUCUUGCCGGUUUUGUCGAUGCAGAUGCUACAGCAAGUCAAUCUUUUCGCCAUACCGUUGCUGGUGAGACUCCCUAGGAGACUCGAAUGCCAGAAACAAGCUUCACUCCAUCUUCAGCCAUUUCAGCCCGCGGAGCUGGGUAUUCUUCAUCAUAAGGGCUUGAUUUGCCUCAGGCUUGAGGCCAGGGAAUUAAGAUUGAGGACUGACGUCUCAAUAAGGAAGCCCUUCUCAUCCUAUGGCCAAUGGCCAAGAAGUGGCAAUCAUGUACAGGGAAUCAUGCUUUUGCCUGGUGUCAUUGAAAUUCAUCAGCUCGCCGAGUGGCUGCCUGUGACCAUUCACAAAAUAGAGUACACAUCUCUCGGGCUAUGUAACUUUUCAUUUUGAUCCGACCACAGUCAAGCUCGAUGCCUCC